AUGCCUUUCCCGGAAUUCGACUCCAAGGGAAUGGAGUACCGAUUCCUCGGAAAUACCGGCCUCCUCGUCUCAGCCAUCGGCUUCGGCAGCUGGUACACGGUUGGUGGACAGGUAAAAGAUAAUUCAGUAAUCGAAAAAUGUAUGGAAGAGGCGUGGAACUGCGGAAUAAACUUCUUCGACACCUCUGAGUCAUACGCCGAGGGCCAGGCAGAGAUUGAGAUGGGUAAUGCGAUCAAAAAACUUGGCUGGUCGCGAAAGGAUUUUGUGAUCUCGACUAAAAUCUUUGAGGGAGGUCAUGGCCCCAACGACAUUGGGCUUCCCCGGAAGAAGAUCAUGGAAUCAAUACGGGGGUCAUUGGAAAGAUUGCAGCUGGACUAUGUUGAUAUCGUCUACGCCCAUCGCCCCGACUACUGCACCCCAAUGCUGGAGGUUGUUCGCGCCUUCUCGGAUCUCGUUACACAGGGAAAGGCCAACUACUGGGGUACUUCAGAAUGGAGCGCAUUCGAGAUCUCCGAGGCCCUGGCCGCUGCACGAGAGCACCAUUUGAUUGCACCGGUUGUGGAGCAGCCACAAUACUCCAUUAUCUCUCGAUAUCGGUUCGAGAAGGAGUAUGCUCUGCUUUUCUAUAAGUACAACUACGGUUCCACUGUCUCGUCACCCCUUGCAUCUGGCCUGUUGACGGGGAAACUGCUGGACGGUAUCCCAAAGGAUUCACGCCUUGCAUCCGACACUGGGUUCAAUGAAGACAGAUCAGUCAUGGCUAUGUAUCAUGGGAUCCUAGCUAGCGACAGUUGCACAUGCGCUCAACUGGCACUGGCAUGGAUCCUCAAGAAUGAUAAUGUCUCUUCUGUCCUUACCGGAGCUUCGCGGCCCUCUCAGAUUUCUGAGAAUGUGAAGGCGGUUCAAGUCGCUCAUAACGUGACUCCGGAAAUUAUGGUCCAAAUAGAUGAGUUGUUCAAGAACAAGCCGACCAGAGCCCUGGACCCGUUCGGAAGAUGGAUGGGAGGGUCUUCAAAGAAGACGGAUAUGACAUUGGAUCCGUGGUAG